AUGCCAGGAGGCCUGUUUCAAAGGAAGGUGACUCUGCAGGAGAAGACUCCCACAGAGUCUCCAAAGGAAAGCAAUGGCAUCAGUAGGAGAACACCAGACCCUGCCAGGGACUCCUCAACACAGGACACAGAGAGCGAAGUGCACUCUGUCACCACUGUCUCACCAAUGAACAUCCCCAACCACCGGCCUGUCCUCGAGGGCCUGCGGCUUCAUGAACACCUACUUACGAGGGAUUUCCAGGGGGACCAGCACUUUUUUAGGAGCGAUGGCUCUGUAGCUGCAUAUUCCACCAUGCCAGGCUCCAUGUCUGCCUCAGAUGCAGGAGACCCUGUCACUCAGCUGGUGCCCCAUGAAGAUGCCCCACCUUUCUCAGACAUUGCCACUACUGCCACUGAGGCUGCCACCUCCCCACUGACCACAUUUACUCCCACAACACCAAGGCCGCCCAUGUCUCUCCCUCAAAAGAAGUCAUCUAAGACCUUGGGGGCUGACAAGAGAAGUCGACCUCAAAGUUGGAGUCCUUCUCCUGUAGAGGCUACACUUGCACCCUCCUCAAUGAAGAUGGAGAAAGGAGAGGCUAGGGAGACUGCACUGAAAAACAAAACCAGCCCUGGUUAUCCACUCCCCAACACAACGUCCACAACCAUUAUCACCACCAUCACCACCAUACAAACAGCAGAGCCAUGCAGCCUGAAUUUCACUGACCCUGAGGGUAACAUCGAAAUCCUGCAGCAACUUGACUCUGGAGUGGAGUGUAACUAUCUGGUUACGGUCUACCUGGGAUAUGGCAUUGAGGUUCAGGUGUUAAAUGUGAGUGUGUUGGAGGGAGAGCAGGUGACAGUGGAGGACACAGGUGGCCGAGAGCCCUUCAUCCUUGCCAAUGAGUCAGUCUUGAUGAGGGGCCUCGUACUACGCAGCUGGAGCAACCAGAUCUCCAUCCGAUUUCGCAGUGACCAACAGCACAACUCCGGAUUCCUCCUGCUGCAUUACCAAGCCUUUGUGCUGAGCUGUGCAUUUCCCAAAGAGCCUCCCGGUGGAGAAGUUACUGUGACGCACCUCCAUGCUGGCGGAGAAGCCUAUUUUCGCUGUUUCACGGGCUACAAGUUGCAAGGUCCCAAAAUGCUCACCUGUCGUAAUGCAACCACACCAUACUGGAGUGGAAAGGAGCCCCGAUGUGUGGCAUCCUGUGGGGGAAUGAUGAAAAAUGCCACCUAUGGUCGUAUCGUCUCUCCUGGUUUCCCUGGCAACUACAGCAACAAUCUGACGUGCCACUGGGUCCUGGAGGCCCCUGAAGACCACCGGCUUCACAUUCACUUUGAGAAGGUGGCUCUGGCAGAGGAUGAUGACAGGCUGCUGAUUAAGAAUGGCAACAACAUAGACUCUCCCCCUUUGUACGACUCCUAUGAGGUUGAGUAUUUGCCCAAUGAGGGUGUGCUCAGUACUGGACGUUACUUGUUUAUAGAGUUCACCACAGACGGGACAAUAACCUCCACUGGUGCAGCUGUCAGAUACGAAGCUUUUGCGAAAGGCAUGUGUUAUGAGCCUUUUGUGAAGUACGGCAACUUCAGCGGCAGCGACUCCACCUACAGUGUGGGUGCAGUGGUUGAAUUCUCAUGUGACCCUGGCUACACACUGGAGCAAGGCUCCGUAGUGAUUGAGUGCGUGGACGCACAAAACCCACAGUGGAAUGAGACCGAGCCGGCUUGCAGGGCUGUUUGUAGCGGAGAGAUCACAGACUCCGCCGGUGUGGUGCUGUCUCCUAAUUGGCCUGAGGCUUAUGACAAGGGGCAGGACUGCAUCUGGGGUAUCCAUGUGGAAGAGGACAAGAGGAUCAUGCUUGACAUCCAAGUUCUCAAUGUCGGUAAAAAUGACCUGCUGACCUUUUAUGAUGGAGAUGACCUGACGGCAAACAUCCUGGGCCAGUACAGCGGCACACGGCCACACUUCAAGCUCUAUACCUCCAUGGCUGAUGUCACUAUUCAAUUUCAGUCCGAUCCUGCAACUAACAUCUAUGGCUACAACAACGGCUUUGUGGUCCACUUCUUUGAGGUGCCGAGGAACGACACCUGCUCUGAGCUACCGGAGAUCACCAACGGCUGGAAGAGCACCUCCCACCCUGACCUCAUCCACGGCACCGUCAUUACCUACCAGUGCUACCCUGGAUAUGAGCUGGUGGGCUCGGAGAUCCUCAUGUGCCAGUGGGAUCUCACUUGGAGCGGUGAUGUGCCGAGAUGUCAGGAAGUUAUGACAUGUCAGGACCCUGGGAAUGUGGAGCACAGUCAUAAGGUGAUCACAGGCAACCGUUUCACCGUUGGAUCGACAGUGCAGUUUAUCUGUAAUAAAGGCUACAUCCUGUCUGGCAGCAGCCUCCUCACCUGCUACAACCGAGAUUCAGCCACACCCAAGUGGAACGAGAGGCUGCCCAAGUGUGCCCCUGAAAGGUACGAGCCAUGCAGGAACCCCGGCGCUGCCUCCACCAGUGUGCAGAGCUCUGAAAAGGCCUUUUACCAAGCAGGAGAGAUGCUGACCUUCUCCUGCCACUCAGGCUACGAGCUGCAGGGUGGUGCCACCAUUUACUGUAUCCCUGGACACCCGUCACAGUGGAAUAGCACUCCCCCUGCCUGCAGAGCAUCCUCAACCCAAUAUGUGAACGAACGCAGGCUAGAUGUUGUUAAUAUGGAUUAUAGCAUGGAGGGAACCAAUAUUGCCCUUGCAGUUUUGAUUCCAACUGCAAUCAUCUUGGUGGUUGUCCUCGGGAUGUAUGUCUACUUUGCAAAACUCCAAGGAAAGACUAUCAGAAUGCCAACAUCCUCGCCACCGUAUGACAACAUGACAGAAGAGUCAGCUUUUGACAACCCUAUAUAUGAGAGCGGACACUGGCAGUCUCAUUCUAGAUACUAAACCCUGUCAGUCUGUUCACUUUGGCUGUACUGCUGAAGAGCUAUGAGGACAAAUGAAAAAGAUUAAGAGGUGUCCAUUUAGAGACCUUAAAGCAAGAAUUGCUC